AUGAUGAAAAUCUUUGGGGAGAACGGUAUUGUCUCCACUUAUCCUACUGUUUCUCUUGUCUUUUUUGCAGAUCCUGCUGCCAACGCUGCUGCUGCUGCUGACACAUCAACCCCCCCAUCAGAACAUAAGGACCCCUCCAGGAUAGAGGUGGUCUCAGUAACAGAAGAGGAUCUCCCCAUUGUCGAGACCCCCAACACAGUGAAUGUGAGCCCCCUGGGCAGCUUCACUGCUGUCUCCUUUUCAGAGAAUAAUUCAGCCAAACCUGAAGAGCCCCAGUCUCCAGCUGCACCCAGUCCAACCAUGCCAAUCACCAAGGUGCAGCCAUUUAUUCAAGAGGAUGACAUGCAAGAAAGCUGGAAGAACAGACUCUUGGCCCAUCGUUUUGAGCUGCUUAUUGCUUCAUGCCUCAUCUUGGUGGUCACUCUCGCUCUCAGCAUUGGCCUCGGAGUGGGUCUGAGCUGUGUGGGAAGGUUUCGUUGUGGCUCAUCUCAGUGCAUCAGCUCCUCAGCUCAGUGUGAUGGAGAGGUGGACUGUGACAAUGGAGAGGAUGAGCUCGGCUGUGUGCGUUUAAGUGGGAAGAGCUCCGUGCUGCAGGUCCAGAAAGGGGGUUUAUGGAGGACAGUCUGCUCAGAGGACUGGAACAACUGGCUGGGUGUCUCUGCCUGCAAGCAGCUGGGAUACUCAAGGUAUGUGGAGUCGUUCUUCGUUUCUCUAACAUCCAUUGAGCAAGAACUUCAGCACAACCUGGUGUCCAUCAGCCUGAAUAAGUCACGGAUCAUCAAACUCCAGAACACCACAACCCUCAGUAAGACUCAGUGCAGCUCAGGGAGGGUGACCACUCUGAAAUGUCUGGAAUGCGGCUCCAGGCCUCAGUACAACACUCGUAUUGUUGGCGGGAACAUCUCGAAACCGGGUCAGUUCCCCUGGCAAGUCAGCCUCCACUACAGCAGUGAACACCUGUGUGGAGGCUCCAUCAUAACGUCACGCUGGAUCCUCACUGCGGCACAUUGUGUGUAUGGGUUUGCAGAUCCAUCCAUGUGGGUGGUCCAUGUGGGGCUGACGGAGCAACUAGUCCACGGGGCACAGUCUCUGGCUGUAGAGCAGAUCAUCUACCAUGCACGCUAUCGGCCCAAAGGACUGGAUUUCGACAUUGCACUGAUGAAACUCACCAUGCCACUUGUUUUUAAUGGCUUUGUGGAGCCCAUCUGUCUGCCUAACCAUGGGGAGGAUUUUGUGGAGGGCACCAUGUGCUGGAUAUCUGGAUGGGGAGCAACUGAGGGUGAUGGAGAAACCAGUGUGUUUCUGCGCUCGGCCAUGAUUCCACUCCUCUCCACUAAAACCUGCAACCAGCCAGAAGUUUACCAUGGCUUCAUCUCCUCCGGGAUGAUCUGUGCCGGGUACCUGGAAGGAGGAAUUGACUCAUGUCAGGGGGACAGCGGAGGUCCUCUAGCCUGUCAGGACUCCUCUGUAUGGAAGCUGGUUGGAGCAACCAGCUGGGGCGAUGGCUGCGCUAAGAGGAACAAGCCAGGUGUUUACACACGCAUAACACAGUCACUCAGCUGGAUCCGCCAACAGAUGGAGAGAGAAGAGGCCCACAUUUCUCCAACUCUGAGUACAGACAACUAAAUCCACUGUACUUACAUCUCUGGAUUCUGUUUGGACAGUAUCACACUUAACAAAUACACCCUAUAAACUGUACCACAGCAGAAUGACAUAGCAUGUGAACCAUUAAAUUCCUGUUUGGGGA